AUGACUAUUGAUAAUGAUGAAUACACAGCUUAUACUAAACGUAUUUAUAAGCAACAUGAAAUAAAUAAAGCACAUCUGGAAUCGUUAACUCAUCCAGGCUCAAAAGUUACUUUCCCAAUAAAUCCAACUUAUCACCCAGUUCCAGAUCCUGACAUGAAAGUUUUUUUUUUCGAUAUUGAUAAUUGCCUAUACAAAAGAUCACUAAAUAUCCAUGAUUUAAUGUAUGAGUUAAUUCUAGAUUAUUUUCAGCAUCAUCUUGAACUAAGUAGGGAAGAUGCAAGAGAUUUAAAUGCUAACUACUAUAAAAAUUAUGGAUUAGCUAUUAGAGGCUUAGUUAAGCAUCAUAACAUUAAUGCGAUUGAUUAUAAUGAUAUGGUUGAUGAUGCAUUACCAUUACAAGAUAUUAUAAAGCCUAACUUAAAAUUAAGACAACUAUUGAUCAAGCUAAGAGAGAGUAAAAGAUUUGACAAGCUCUGGCUUUUUACUAAUGCUUAUAAAAACCAUGCACUAAGAUGCGUUAGAUUACUCGGUAUUGCUGAUAUGUUUGACGGGAUUACAUAUUGUAAUUAUGAGAACUACGAUGCAAUUAUUUGCAAGCCUGAUUCACAAGCUUUUGAAAUCGCAAAAUUACAAUCUGGGCUGGGUGAUUACCGUAAUUGCUGGUUCAUUGAUGAUUCAGGCAAUAAUAUCAAGACUGGGAUUUCAUUAGGGAUGUCAAAAUGUAUUCAUCUAGUAGAGGAUACACCAGACGAAAUCUUAGGUGAAACACCUAAGGGUUCUAUAGUAAUUCGAGACAUUCUUGAUUUGGAAUCUGUGUUAGAUUCGAAAAUUUAA